CCGGCUGCGGCGCGCGGCUCGGCGCGGUGAUGGUGGCCCCGCUGUACGGCUCCCCCGGCGGCCGCCUGGCCCGGGCGCUGACGCGGGCGCUGGCGCUGGCCCUGGUGCUGGCCCUGCUGGUCGGGCUGCUCCUGAGCGGCCUGACGGGCGCGACCCCGAUCUCGGGGCGCCAGUGGGGGCCCAGCGGGCCGGUCCCGCCCGCCUCCCGCAGCCGCUCGGUGCGCCUGGACCCCCAGACCGGCCAGUUCCAACUGGUGGAUGGCCUCCACCCGGACGCCGUGGCCUGGGCCAACCUCACCAACGCCAUCCGCGACACCGGGUGGGCCUUUCUGGAGCUGCGCACGAACGGCCAGUAUAAUGACAGCCUACAGGCCUAUGCGGCGGGCGUGGUGGAGGCUGCUGUGUCUGAGGAGCUCAUCUACAUGCACUGGAUGAACACCGUGGUGAAUUAUUGUGGCCCCUUUGAGUACGAAGUCAGCUACUGCGAGAGGCUCAGGAGAUUCCUGGAGACCAACCUGGACUGGAUGCAGGAGGCAAUAGAGAUGAACAAGGACUCUGCGUACUGGCAUCAGGUGCGGCUGACCCUCCUGCAGCUGAAAGGCCUCGAGGACAGCUAUGAAGGCAGUAUGACCUUUCCAACUGGGAGGUUUACCAUCAAACCCUUGGGGUUCCUCCUGUUGCAGCUCUCUGGGGACCUGGGAGACUUAGAGCCAGCCCUGAAUAAGACCAAGACCAAGCACGUUAUGGGCUCUGGCUCCUGCUCUGCCCUCAUCAAGCUGUUGCCCGGCCAGAGUGACCUCCUGAUUGCCCACAACACCUGGAGCUCCUACCAGAACAUGCUGCGGAUCAUCAAGAAGUACUGGUUCCAGUUCCGGGAAGACCCCCAAGAGAACUCUCCCCUGGCUCCUGGCAACAAGCUGGUCUUCUCAUCCUACCCUGGCACCCUCUUCUCCUGUGAUGACUUCUACAUCAUGGGCAGCGGGCUGGUGACCCUGGAAACCACCAUCGGCAACAGGAACCCAGCCCUGUGGAAGUAUGUGCAGCCCAAGAACUGUGUGCUGGAGUGGGUGCGUAAUGUUGUGGCCAACCGCUUGGCCUUGGAUGGGGACUCCUGGGCAGACAUCUUCAAGAAAUUCAACAGUGGCACGUACAACAACCAGUGGAUGAUCGUGGACUAUAAGGCAUUUGUCCCUGGUGGGCCUAGCCCUGGGAACAGGGUGCUCACCAUCCUGGAGCAGAUCCCGGGCAUGGUGGUGGUGGCUGAUAAGACCUCAGAACUCUACCAGAAGACCUACUGGGCCAGCUACAACAUACCGUACUUUGAGAGUGUGUUCAACGCCAGUGGGUUGCAGGCCCUGGUGGCCCAGUACGGGGACUGGUUCUCCUAUGAUGGGAGUCCCCGGGCCCGAAUCUUCCGGCGGAACCAGUCACUGGUGCAUGACCUAGACUCCAUGCUCCGGCUUAUGAGGUACAAUGACUUCCUGCACGACCCCCUGUCGCUGUGCAAAGCCUGCAGCCCCCAGGCCAACGCAGAGAAUGCCAUCUCGGCCCGCUCAGACCUGAACCCGGCCAACGGCUCCUACCCUUUCCAGGCCCUGCAUCAGCGCUCCCACGGGGGCAUAGAUGUUAAGAUGACCAGCAUGGCUCUGGCCAAGGCCUUUCACAUCAUCGCGGUCAGUGGCCCAACGUGGGACCAGGUGCCCCCGUUCCAGUGGAGCUCCUCGCCUUUCAGCGGCCUGCUACACAUGGGCCAGCCUGACGUCUGGAAGUUCUUGCCCAUUGAGAUCUGGUGGGACUGAGCCGCCUCCUCUGUGCUGCUGACCCCCAGCAGGGCCAUCUGCCGGCUGCCGCCCUGACCUCCUGCCUGCCCCCUCCAUGGGCCUUGUUCCCUGCCAGGUCUGGGACCUGGGUGUGCCAGGUUCCCUCUUGUCUGGGUCGUCUCCUGGCUGGGAUGUGGAGUCCAAUGGGGCCCAAAACUGAGUCGUUGGCUCCCCUUAAGUGGGGGGAUGCCGCCCCUGCUCCUUGCCUCUCUCCUCUACUCUGCUUGUCUCUCUCCCCUGUGCUGGGGCCCUGUCCUCAUGCUGCCCCCUCUCGAGGGUUUGGGAGGGGUCCUUGGAUGGGACUUGGGACCCCUGGGAGAGCAGGAGGGGACCAUUCCAGUCCCUGCCUCCAGUGUCAUUCCGGCCCGUGGCUCUGGGACUUGGGGGUUUCAGCCCUGAGAUCUGGGUGUUGCCUCCGGUUGGCAUCCGUCCUCCUGUCUCCCAGCCCUAGCCGCUCUGCUCCCUCAGGAAGCAGCCCCCUUGCUUCCCCUUCUGGGCAACUUCCCUGAGGACAGAAACUUGAAAGCAAACAAAAACCAAAGUUUCUGGUGACUUGUGGCUAGAGGGGCCUUCGGGGGUAGACAAGAGUGUCAGCCCCUAUGCUGCAGCCUCAUGCCCCUUGCCCCCCAACUUGGGCCUGCCCUUGGCCUCAGGGUGGUGCCCACAGCUCCCCUGCUGUAGGAACCAAAUUGCAGACUGUGCUGCCAUUAAAUGAGAGGCCGUG